AUGAGUGUGUCUGAUUUAUUUUCACAAUUGAAGGCUGACGGCGAUAUUCAGAGUAUUGUGCAACUUUCAAGAGAGUAUUUUAUACCUGCAGAGUUGAGAUCUGACGUGUAUGACUACGUUUUACCAGAAGUUGAGUUUAAAGAAGUUAAGACAGAAAAGGACUUAGGCGAGUUAAUACAUCUUAAUGAAUUAAUAACGAAAUAUGGACUGGAUCUAAGUAAAUUAGAAGAAGCCAAAAAGAUAUCACAGUUCUUAAUAGAAGGGGAUUGCAAGUAUUACGAAGAUGUAAUUCUUUUGAUUCUAAUUAUCGAGAAAUUGACGAAUCACAUGGAUAUCCACUUCAUGCAACGAGUCUUUAAGUGCUUCAUGCCGUUUGCUGGAAAUUUGCAAGCUCGAAAUUGGCAUGGAAUGAUGACACUGACACAUAUGGCACUCUUGUACUUCUCGCCGUCGUCUACAAUUCAUGUUGAUAAAUUGAAAAUAACGACGGACGUCAUUUUGAAGCAUUUGGUAUUCUCAUUGUGCAUUAGACUCUGUGACGAUUUUGAAAGUGUUUGCAUGUUACUUGAUGCUCUUGUAUUGGAACAGAACCCAACACUAAUUUUUCAUAUAAUGCUCGUGUACUUUGAACAUAUUUCAAAGGAAAUUGAAAAAACUCAAACCACUGAAGAAGUCAUCAAAAUGAUAGAGAGCACAACAUUGAAAGCAAAUGAUAUGAAGUUGUUGAUAUCAUUGGCGAAGUGCUCGUUAAUUAAAACUCCGAAUGCAUUUAACGGACUUGUCGCCGGAUGCUUUACCAAUAAUUUGGCAUUUAGAAAUUGGUAUGCCAAAUUCAUAGGAGAGUCAUUUGUGAUGACGCUGACCCCACAAGAUGUCACACUCUUUUUAGAGAAAAAGGAAAAAAUUCAAUUUAUUGACUUUAGGACUGCGGAAGUCUUUGGGUUUGGGCAUUUAAAAGGUGCGUUGAACAUUCCUUAUGCUGAGAAUUGGAAGGAAGAAGUGCAGAAAACCACUGAAAAAAUUGAAAAGAAGAACAUUAUAGUUUUGUACAACAGUGGAGAGAAUGGGGGCAUAACAACAAAGGAAAUGGCUGUUGCGUGUUAUCAGUUCUAUACCAAAGGAUUUACAAAGGUUGGGAUUCUCUUUUCUGGGUAUAAAGGAUAUCAUAAAUUUUUCAAUGAAGGGGCAGCUGGCUUUGAGAUAGAGGCGCACAGUACAUUAAGAUGCCCCGUUUGCCUUGGAGUGACUGGAGGGUUUUUCUUACGCAUUAAAAAGGAGGAGAAGGACAAUGAAGAGAAAAAGGAAGAGAAAGUAGUAGAGAGUGUUGGUGACAAGAAAGAACAAAAAGUAGAAGAACAAAUACAAGAAAAAGGUCAAGUUCAAGCAAAGGAAAGUAAUGAAGAGAAGAAGGAAGUGAUGCAAAGCGAAGUAAAACCAGAAGAAGAAAAAGUCGAAGACAAAGAAGACGACGGUAAAAUUAAAACCGAAGGAACACAAAAGAAAUCAAGAUGGGGAAGUGCUAUUAGACAAACCCUCCGAUGGUUUACCGAGCCAACAAAAGACGAAGUUAAAGACGAUAAAAUCGAAAACAAAAAAGAAAACAAAAGUGAAGAAGGCGAGAAGCAAGAAGGACAAAAAGAAGAAGAGAAGCUUCAACCUGAAAAAAAGGAAGAAAAACACGAAGAAAAUGCAACUGAAAAGAAAGAGGAGAAAAAAGCUGUUCCACAAUUGAGUACAGAUGAAGUGGUUGUCGACACAACAGUGCUGAAACAAUCUUUAAUGAGCUUUUUAACUGGAAAGCCAAGAGAAAAAGUAGUUGAAAAGUCGACUGAGAAACCCGUGGAAAGUGAAGCAAAGGUUGAAAGCACUCAACUUCCACAAGAAGAAGAGAACAAUACCAACGAAACACCAAAAGAAGAACAAGAAAAAGAAAUUAAGAACAACGAAAUGAAAGAAAACUUAUUAACUGAAGUUAAAGACAAAAAUUUGAAAGAAGAAAUUAAAGUCGAAGCAAAAGAAGAAGAAAAGGGGACGGAAGUAAUGAAAGAAAUUAAAACAGAUGAGCCAAAACAAGAAGAAACUAAAGAAGACGUCAAGCAUAUAGCAAAAGAAGAGCCUUUAAUCGUUGAAAACACUAAAGAAGACACAACUAAACAAGAAGAAGCUCAAAUCAAACAACUUGAAGAAGAAAGACUUGCAAAAGAAAAGUUCAACAAAGAGAAGAUGGAGAAAGAACAAAAAGAAAAAGAAGAGAAAGAAGCUGCUUUACACAAAGCACAAGAAGAAGAACGCAAAAAAGCCGAACAGCGAAAACAAGAGGAAGAGCGCCUUGCAAAAGAAAGAAUAGCCAAAGAAGCCUUAGCCAAAAAGCUUGAGGAAGAGCGUCUUCUAAAAGAAAAAGCCGAAAAAGAGCGACUUGAGAAAGAAAAGAAAGAGCGCGAAUUAGCCGCCAAAAAGGCUCAAGAAGAAAAAGAACGUAAAGAGAAAUUGGAGAAGGAGCGACUUCUCAAAAUAGCUCAAGAGAAGGAGGCAGCUCUUAAAAAGGCUGAAGAAGACCGUAUCGCAAAGGAGAAAGCCGAGAAGGAACGACUUCUGAAAGAGAAAUUAGAGAAGGAAAAACUCGCCAAAUUAGCCAAAGAAAAAGCCGAGAAAGAGGCAGCUGCUAAAAGAGCAGAAGAGGAGCGUCUUGCUAAGGAAAAAGUCGAGAAGGAAAAACAAUUAAAAGAGAAGCAAGAAGCCGAGAGAAUAGUCAAAGAGAAAGCCGAGAAAGAGCGUCUUGAGAAAGAACGGAUUGAAAAGGAGAAGGCUAUUGCAGCAGCCAAAAAAGCAGAAGAAGAGCGUCUAGCAGAGGAAAAGCGUAAAAAAGAGGAAGACCUUAAAAAAGCAAAAGAAGCUGAAGUAGCCAAAGCGAAGUCGGCAAACGCAUAUUGUGAAGAAUUGAUGAAGACAAAUAAACAAUUUAAGUGUGUCAGGUGUAAAGGGAAAACAAAACAAGACGGCGUUUGUCUCGUCACGAAAGAUGCCAUUUUCGUGUUGCUUGAAAACAAUGGAGAAUGGGCCAUAAAAGACCAAGUCAUGUUAGCGGAUGUCACACAAAUUGCGAAAAUUACGAAGAUUAAAGGACAGAUCAGAAUCAAAUAUGGAGGCGGGGAGAAGGAGAAACACAUCUCCCUUAACUUGGGUGACCUUUCUGAUGAGUUGAUUAAGGAAAUCAAUUCUAAAGCAGUCUAA